CAUGCUCGUACACUCACUAAGAGGCUCGAAUAGCUCGAUGCAUCCUACAGUCACAGUUCCCGCGUAUUUACUGCUCGAUCGCGUGUGUCGUCGUGUCAUCGCGACAUAUCUGUGAGCUUGCUCGUGUGCCAGUACUACUCGUGAAGGUCACCUUACAUGAGUACUCCAGUCCAGGUUGACUCGUGAGCUCUAUCUGUGUGAUCGUUCCUCCUUCCGUUCUAGACUCUGACGCGAGUGCAAAUUUACGAAACCGACCCAACCAUACGACGAUUUACGGAGAGCGAGUCAAUUGUACGGAGCCAUGGGGCCGUCGGCCAUGCACCCUCAACUGCACGGCGUCACCCUUCCGCGCGCGUCGCUACUGCCUGCUUCCGCGCACUUGCUCGGUUCGGCCCAGAUCGACUCUAGGAUCGAUCCCAGGUUCGGUUCGGGCCAAACCGACCCCAGGAUCGCUUCAGCCUCGCUCCAGGCGGCGACCCUCCAGUCGCCCAGCGACGGCGCCUCGUCGCAACGCGAUGUCGAGAUGCGAGAGUUGUUUCGAGAGUACUCCAGCGUGGUGACUUCUAGCGACACAGCGGCCACUGUAAAGUCGAGGCUCGCAGCGAUCUCGGCGUAUGCAACGGCGCAGGGCUUCACAGGGGCCAUGGCCCUUUCCAGUCUCCACAGAUUGCGUCAAUCAUUGAGUGACCAGCUCAACCCUUUAGGGGGGAGGGCUUUUCGUGUGUUCUACAAGUUUGUAUUCUUCAUGUGCCGGGAGCAGGGGCAGAAGAGCGUGGAUGUGGCAACGGCCGUGCAGGCAUGGAGAAUCGCCCUCGCGGCAGUCUUUCCGCUUGUGGACUCCUGGUGUGACUUUGUGCCGUUGCACCAGCGCUAUGCCAUAUCAGAGGACACGUGGCAGCAGGUGCUGGAGUUCAGCUGCACCGUUGGCACUGACCUCAGCAUGUAUGACUCGGAUGGAGCAUGGCCCGUGCUAAUCGAUGAGUUUGUAGAGUGCUACUCCAGGAGGGAGCAUCUGGGGCUGUCCUGUGAUGUGUGCGGCCGUCGCCCCUCGGUCCUCCUGCGCUCGCCCUCGAACCAUGCAUUCCGCCAGCACUACAUGGCCACCAGCACCCUCAGCUCUCUUAACGAUCCUAGAUGGCUUACAGGCAAUAGCGGAGCCACCACAGCCACCACUGGUGCUACCACUGGUGCCACCACUGGUUUGGCUGAUGCAGAUAUGGCAGAGGACCCUUCAUCCUCGAUACAAGCCAUCUCUACACCAUCCGCCUUGUUAUCAGCGCUCUCAGUACAAGCCGGUUCCAUUCUAGCUCCAUCGAUUCCUGGAGCAGCAGCAGGAGGUUUCACCAGCCGUUAUGGGGGAGAAAUCUGCAGGGGCAGCGGCAGCACCAGCACUUGUGACAACAGCAACAACAACAGCAUUAGCAUCAGCAACAGCAUCAGCAACAGCACUGGCACCAGCUUGCACCUUUCUCAAGAUGGAAUGAAUCUGCGUCCCUCGUGUCCUAUCACUAUUCCGCUGCCCCCAACUCACAGAUCGGGACCCUUCUCCCCCACUAGUGGAGGUGCAGGGAGGGGAGGAGGAGAGGGCAGAGUAGGGGCAACGAGAAGGGGGAUCGGGGCAGGAGCAGGGGCAAUAGGACGGGGCAUUGGAGGGGGGAUUGGGGCAGGUGGGGUGGGGGUUUUAGGGCAUGGAGGAGGGGCUUUAGGUCAGCCAGUGGGGGUUCUAGGGCAGGCAGUGGGGGCCCUAGGGCAAGGAGUGGGGGUUUUAGGUCAGGGAGGAGGGGGAGAGAGGGUGAAGCGGUGUUGGCGGAAUGUGAGGGAGGAGACGGAGCAGAGGGAGAGGAUCGAGUCGAUAUCGGUGAAGAUGGCGGGGCUCAGUCCCCCGAAUGGUGACUUUAAAAGGCAACGCGUGUGCCAAUGGUGACUGGGAGCAGAGGGAGACCAGGGAAUUAGAGGGUGAAGCGGUGUUGGGGGGAUGUGGGGGAGGAGACGGAGCUGAGGGAGCGGAUUGUGUCGAUAUUGGUGAAAAUGGCGGGGCUCAGUCCCCCGAAUGGCGUCUGCAAGAGGCAGUGCAUGUGCCAGUGGUGACUGGAAGCAGAGGGAAAGGGGGGAGUUAGAGGGUGAAGCGGUGUUGGGGGGAUGUGAGGGAGGAGGCGGAUCAGCGUGAGAGGAUCGAGUCAGUAUCGGUGAAAAUGGAGGGGCUCAGUCCCCCGAAUGGCCCAGUGGUGACUGAAGAAGACAUUGUGGUGAGCUGAGGGGGUGAAGCGUGGAGGAGGGGAUGAAGCGCGGAGGAGGGGAUGAAGCGUGGAGGAGGGGAUGAAGCGUGGAGGAGGGGAUGAAGCGCUGAGCUGAGGGGGGGCAUAGAAGGGGAUGGGGAUUGACUUGAUAUCGGUCGAGAUGUAGGGGUCAGGUCCCCCGAACAGUCACUGUUAUAGCCUAGAAUUGGAUCACUGAUGACUGCAGUGAUCACUUUGAACUGCCUCGAAUUUGCUGGUACCGUACCGUACAAUGGUCAGAUGCCUUUGGACUUCAUGAAAAUUGCUCGCUGUUUAAAGCCAGGGACCCAAGUUUACCAACUGUAAAACAGUUGGUUGGGACUAAAACUUCUGAUUGGCCGGCGAGCUGUAGGCACCAGUGAAAUCGCCUGCGAGUGUUGCAAUUCACGCACCCUCGCGACACAAAACCUGG